GCGGCGCCGGCGUCAUGUGACUGCCCGGAGUUGGUGCCAGGAGCCAGAGGGGAGCCAGGAACGGAGCCGCGCGGAGCCCGGGCCCGAGCCGGAGCGCAACGCAAGCGCCCGCCGAGCCGAGCCGAGCCGUACCGCGCCUGUCGCACGCGCGCCCAUCCCCGUCCCCUGCGGCCGCCGCCGCUGCUCGGACUGGAGCGCUGACAUUACUGCAUUCGCGGGACUCAAGGAAGCCCGGAGCCGGGCCUUUAUUUCUUGUCUGCUGCGCUCAGCACCGCGGUUCUCAAAGCCAAACACCAGAGCACCUUAGAAGGUUUAGCUAAAAGAAUGCUCAUGUUUGACCCAGUCCCUGUUAAGCAAGAGGCCAUGGACCCUGUCUCGGUGUCAUACCCAUCUAAUUACAUGGAGCCUAUGAAGCCCAACAAGUACGGAGUCAUUUACUCCACACCAUUGCCGGACAAGUUCUUUCAGACUUCGGAAGGCCUCUCGCACGGAAUACAGAUGGAGCCAGUGGACCUCACGGUGAACAAGCGGAGUUCGCCACAUUCGGCCGGGAGCUCCCCGUCCUCGCUGAAAUUCCCGUCAUCGCACAGGCGAGCCUCCCCCGGGCUGAGCAUGCCCUCGUCGAGCCCACCGAUGAAGAAGUACUCGCCCCCUCCACCUGGGGUGCAGCCCUUUGGCGUGCCGCUCUCCAUGCCACCAGUCAUGGCUGCCGCCCUCUCCCGGCACGGAAUACGAAGCCCAGGGAUACUGCCGGUCAUACAGCCUGUCGUGGUGCAGCCCGUCCCAUUUAUGUACACCAGCCACCUCCAGCAGCCGCUCAUGGUCUCCUUGUCGGAGGAGAUGGAGAAUUCAAACAGUAGCAUGCAAGUACCAGUAAUUGAAUCGUAUGAGAAGCCUAUAUUACAGAAAAAAAUUAAAAUAGAACCUGGGAUUGAACCACAGAGAACAGAUUAUUAUCCUGAAGAAAUGUCACCCCCUUUAAUGAACUCAGUGUCCCCCCCGCAAGCGUUGUUGCAAGAGAAUCACCCUUCAGUCAUUGUACAGCCCGGGAAGAGACCUUUACCUGUGGAAUCUCCAGACACCCAAAGGAAACGGAGGAUACACAGAUGCGAUUAUGAUGGAUGCAACAAAGUCUACACUAAAAGCUCUCACUUGAAAGCACACAGAAGAACACAUACAGGAGAAAAACCCUACAAAUGUACAUGGGAAGGAUGCACAUGGAAGUUUGCUCGGUCUGAUGAACUAACAAGACAUUUCCGAAAACAUACUGGAAUCAAACCUUUCCAGUGUCCAGACUGUGACCGCAGCUUCUCCCGAUCUGACCAUCUUGCCCUACAUAGGAAACGCCACAUGCUAGUUUGAAGGCCACCGUCUCCCACCUCAGCACAACUCCCCACUCUCCUGGCUCUCUCUCGGUCCUCCCUCCCAUUAUCUAACUCAUUUUUUACAUGUACAUUUUAAUUUUGAUUCAGCUGGUCUGAGUCUCUGAAUUUGUAUCAUUCAAAACUUCCAUAUGGUCAGUAGUAGAGUUUCUCUAAUCUUUCCUUCUCCUUACCACGGGUCAGACCUAAAGAAUGUGAACACUUUUUUUUUUUUCCUGGGGAUGCUAAGCAAACCCUUCUUACAAAUACGUUUAAUGUACUGAGAACAAGGGAACUUGUAAACUAACAUAAACAAUUGUCGAUUUCUCCAUGUAUUCCUCAAAAGAAGUCAAAGUAAAUGUAUUAGAAUUAUAA